CAGCCGGGCCUGGCAGGUGCGACCCUCAGAGGCGGCGGCGCCCCGUGGCGGGAGGGCCUCCGCAGCCGCUUUGCUCUGAGCUGGCCUGAAGCCGCUGGACGCUCCCGGCUUGUGCUGCUGUGCUGGCCGCCGCCGCCGCCUCCACGCUCCCGGAGGACGCUCAGCCCGAGAGGGAAGAGAAGCAGUAGGUGGGGAGCGGAGGUGCCCAGCUUGGAGGAUGGAGCCUCGGGGUGCGGCGGCUGGCGAGCCCGAGCGGGCCGUGUCCCCCUCCUUCCAGGCCCGGCUCUGGAAGAACCUGCAGCUGGGGGUGGGCAAGGGCAAGGGCGGCGGAGGCGGGCGCGCUGGGGGCCCCGAGCGCCGCACUGCGGCCACUCCGACCCCAUCCCUGCCGCCCCCGAAGACCACGCAGGACGCGGGGAGUACUGGCAGCAGGUGGAGCGGCUUCAAGAAGCGAAAGCAAGUGCUGGACCGAGUGUUCUCUUCCUCGCAGCCCAACCUGUGCUGCUCCUCACCGGAGCCCCUGGAGCCUGGCGGAGCAGGCAGAGCAGAGCAGGGGUCCACGCUGCGCCGCCGCCUACGGGAACAUCUGCUGCCGGUGGCUAAAGGGUCCUCUACAGCCGCGGGGACAGUCGGAGUGACGCCUCCUGGCGGACGCUCUCCGGACUCAGCUCCUUCUUCUUCUGCCUCAUCCUCCCUGUCCUCUUCUCCCCAACCGCCCCCGAGGGGGGACCGCAUCCGAGAUGAGGGUACACGGCGUGGGAGCCCUGAGGCGCACCUGUGCCACCAAAAGAGCUCCUCUCUGCCCGGAACCGCGUGCCUGGAGCAGUUACUGGAACCAGCGCCACCUCCCGCAGAACCCGCUCGGGGUCCUGCCGAGCCCCAGUCUCUGCAGAAGGGCGAAGAGCUUGGCUGCAGCCAGAAAAUAAAUCCAGUCGGAACCAGUAAUGCAGAUGUACCUUUGGCUGAUCCCGGAAUGUACCAGUUGGACAUCACACUAAGAAGGGGUCAAAGUUUAGCUGCCCGUGAUCGAGGAGGGACAAGUGAUCCAUAUGUGAAGUUUAAAAUUGGAAGAAAAGAAGUUUUUAGAAGUAAAAUUAUCCACAAGAACCUAAAUCCUGUGUGGGAGGAAAAAGCUUGCGUGCUCAUUGACCAUCUUAGAGAGCCACUGUAUAUCAAGGUAUUUGACUAUGAUUUUGGACUGCAAGAUGACUUUAUGGGCUCAGCCUUUCUCGAUCUCACACAGUUGGAGUUAAACAGGCCCACAGAUGUCACCUUAACUCUGAAAGAUCCCCAUUAUCCUGACCAUGACCUUGGAAUCAUUUUGCUGUCAACAAUGCUAAUGAGGAAGAGUUGGAAAAGAUCCAGUAAGUUUCAGACCCAAAGUUUACGUCUGUCAGAGCAGCACAGGAAAUCACAUCUGUGGAGAGGAAUCGUCAGCAUCACCUUGAUUGAAGGGCGAGACCUCAAAGCAAUGGAUUCCAAUGGGUUGAGUGAUCCAUAUGUGAAGUUCCGGCUUGGCCAUCAGAAAUACAAGAGCAAGAUUAUGCCCAAAACUUUGAACCCUCAGUGGAGGGAGCAAUUUGAUUUCCAUCUCUAUGAGGAAAGAGGCGGAGUCAUGGACAUCACUGCCUGGGACAAAGAUGCUGGGAAAAGAGAUGACUUUAUUGGAAGGUGCCAGGUUGACCUGUCGUCCCUCAGUAGGGAGCAAACACACAAGCUGGAGUUACAGCUGGAAGAGGGUGAGGGCCACCUGGUUCUACUUGUCACUUUGACAGCCUCGGCCACAGUCAGUAUCUCUGACCUCUCUGUCAACUCCAUGGAGGACCACAAGGAGCGGGAAGAGAUAUUAAAGAGAUAUAGCCCACUGAGGAUAUUUAACAACAUAAAAGAUGUGGGAUUUCUCCAGGUGAAAGUCAUCAGAGCAGAAGGUUUGAUGGCUGCAGAUGUCACAGGUAAAAGUGAUCCAUUUUGUGUAGUAGAACUGAACAACGACAGACUGCUAACACAUACUGUGUACAAAAACCUCAAUCCUGAGUGGAAUAAAGUGUUCACAUUCAACAUUAAAGACAUUCAUUCAGUUCUUGAAGUGACAGUUUAUGAUGAAGAUCGUGACCGGAGUGCCGACUUUCUGGGCAGAGUCGCUAUACCAUUGCUGUCUAUUCAAAAUGGUGAACAGAAAGCCUACGUCUUGAAAAACAAGCAGCUGACAGGGCCAACAAAGGGGGUCAUCUAUCUUGAAAUAGAUGUGAUUUUUAAUGCUGUGAAAGCCAGCUUACGAACAUUAAUACCCAAAGAACGGAAGUACAUUGAAGAGGAAAACAGACUCUCUAAACAGCUGCUUCUAAGAAACUUUAUCAGAACAAAACGUUGUGUUAUGGUGCUUGUAAAUGCUGCAUACUACGUUAAUAGUUGCUUUGAUUGGGAUUCGCCCCCAAGGAGUCUUGCUGCUUUUGUGCUCUUUCUCCUUGUUGUCUGGAACUUUGAGCUGUACAUGAUACCCCUGCUGCUGUUGUUACUACUGACAUGGAACUACUUCCUAAUAAUAUCUGGGAAAGAUAACAGGCAACGGGACACAGUAGUGGAGGACAUGCUGGAGGACGAGGAGGAAGAAGAUGACAGAGAUGACAAGGAUGGUGAAAAAAAAGGAUUUAUAAAUAAAAUCUAUGCCAUCCAGGAAGUGUGUGUCAGUGUCCAGAACAUCCUAGAUGAAGCGGCUUCCCUUGGGGAAAGGGUAAAGAAUACUUUCAACUGGACUGUCCCGUUCUUAAGCUGGCUGGCCAUUGUAGCCCUCUGUGUGUUCACGGCCAUUCUGUACUUCAUCCCACUGAGAUACAUUGUUCUUGUCUGGGGAAUUAAUAAAUUUACAAAAAAGCUUCGGAGUCCAUAUGCAAUUGAUAACAAUGAACUACUUGACUUCCUUUCCAGAGUUCCUUCAGAUGUACAAGUGGUGCAAUAUCAAGAACUGAAACCAGAUCAUUCUCAUAGCCCGUAUAAAAGGAAGAAAAACAACCUUGGCUAGUCUGUUCCCAGCACCGAGGAGACCAGCAUGUUUGGGAAGAUAAAAGAAAAAAAAAAAUCGUCAGGCUACGCAGCAUUUCCUCUUUCUGCUUUUUAUUUAUUUUACCUUUUUAUCAUGGUCAAGAACAUUUGUAAAUAGUGUACAAAAGGCAUAUGUCUUUGAAAAUAUACUUCUCCUGUACAGACUCAACUUGAUAAGGGAUUUUAGCUAGUGGAGUGUGGAAACCUUGUUAGCUGCAGCUAAUAACAUAACCAAGUAAAAUAAAACAAUGGUUAUAAAACUGGAAGAUGUAUAUUUCUCCAAUCACAAAAGAAAGAACCAGAAUAUCAGAUUAAAUGCUCAAUUGUGCUCUGGUUAACCCUCCAUAAAACCUAAAUGCUGAUUUGAUCUUUAGGUUUUUUUUUGUAAUGUAACUAUUUCUUAUCUGAUAAGUAAUUCAUUAGUGUUUUUUCUUUUUAUGUUUAUACAUUACAAAUGGGGGGGGGGAAUCCCAUAGCUUGAAUAAUGGAAAUGUUGCACUUCAAUUUAACAUAAUCCUGACUUUCACUUCUGUGUAAAUAAAUUAUGUAUGGCUAAGGCUGAUUUUAAGCUACAGGUACAUUCAUAUCUUUUCCUGUCUGCAUACAUACACAAUCCCUUAAGAGAAUCUGAGAGUCUAUGAAUAAGACUUUUAAGCCUUCUAUCAUUCCAUCUAAAACCUUAAAAUCUCUCCAGAACUAUAUUAAAUAAAUACUGCCAGGUUUAUAAAUGAUUGAGUAUCAGGAUUUUUAUAAUUAUAUUACUGUGUUUAGCAAAUUAUCAAGCCAAUUCUCAAAAAAUACUAGCAAACUAAAUCCCUAUUGUAUUUGGUAUCAAAUUAUGCCCUUGUGCAUUUAAAAAUGUAGUAUUUAAGUGUCCUCUACUGAUAGACUUCAAUGCAUACUGAGUUUUGUCUUUAGUGAGUUUUAAUGGAGAAUGCAGUUGGCUAAGUGAAAGGCCAGUGUUUUCAUUACAUCAUUUAUGAAGGAAGAUCAUUGAUAAUGCAUGAAAAUCUGUUUUGUAAAAUAAACUGCUUGUAAGGCAGUUUCCAUUAAAAAUGUUUCACUAACCACACUCUAUACUUCAAAUUGCAUUCCUAAAACGGGGUCUAUCAAAGGAACAUACCUCUGCAGAGAUAAGAAAUUUGGUUGGUGAGAAUGUCCUCACUGACUUUUUAGAGGAAUGAGACUCAGUGGAAAUUGCUGAAGACAAUGUUUUGCACUAUUUUAUUAAUUGCUAUUAAUAAAUAACCAGGGUGAGGUGGAUUGGGGUUGUGCUGGAAAAUGUAGAAAAGCAGAAAUAUAUAUUUGAAUUUAAAGAUUCUUUAAAUCUCAUCGAAGCUGAUUUUUAAAGUAUUUUUAUUUUAGAAAUAUGUUGUUAAAUAUUUCUUACAAUAGAACUAUUUUGAUGUUUAUAUACUAUGCUUGGAAGAAUGUCAACUAAAUUCCCUUUCUACAGAAAGACUUUGACCUCAAUAUGCUCUAUUUAGUGUAUCAUGUUUAAAAUGCAUUCCAUCACUGUUUGUUGCAAAAACAUACUUUAUGAAGCUGACCUAAUACAUAGUUUAUUGAUGAGCUCAUUAAUUUGGUAUAAAUUCUGAUUAUACCUGUGAGAUUUAUGUUCUGUGCUGACAAUGUCUAUUCAAAUGUCUAUAAGCCUGACAUUCUAUAACCUUGGAUGUACCUAGUGGAUGUAACCAUUAACAGAUGACUAAUUUUUGUUUAUUUCAUUGUGUAAGAUUUCAGAUGUUUAGUUCAAUAGUAAUGUUGACUACAUAUUCACUGCAUUAAACACAAAAGAAAUUAAUCAUUUUA